AUGGUGAAUGAUUAUAUUUACAACAGAGCACAAGUAUUGAGCAUGAUGAGAGAGUUUACUGGACAGAGAGACAUGGUAAGAACCGCAAAGACACGUUUCACAACCGCUUUUUUGACUUUAAAGCGGUUUCAUGUACAACAAGCAAAUAUGAGAAAGAUGUUUACAUAUGAAAAGUGGGCAAAUAGUCGAUUUUCCAAAGACGCCGUAGGAAAACAUAUAGCAGAAGUGAUAUUGAUGCCUUCUUUUUGGAAAAAUAUGAUUUUUGCAUUAAAAGUUGAUGGUCCAUUGGUGAAAGCAUUACGGCUGGUAGACAGUGAAAAACGAUCUCCUAUGGGUUAUAUUUAUGAGGCAAUGGACAGGGCCAAAGAAGCUAUCGCUGCGUCAUUUAACAAUAAUGAAGAGAAAUAUCGUAACAUUUUUGAAUUCAUUGACAAAAGAUGGAACAUUCAACUCCAUCGACCUUUGCACGUAGCUGGAUAUUUCUUGAAUCCAGAGUGUUUUUACUCAAACCCUGACAUAGAAAAUGAUACAGAAGUGAUGAAGGGUUUGUACAAGUGCAUAUCUAGAUUGGUGAGAGGUGAGGAUUUACAAGAUAAGAUCACGAAUCAAUUGGAAAAAUACAAGAAAGCAGAAGGACUUUUUGGUUUGCCAAUGGCUAUCGACAAAGAACUUUAA